AUUCUUUUGCUGAGCUCUGUCCUGCUUCGGAUCUCUCUGGCUUUCAAUCCCCAUUUCAUUUGCUCUUUGUAAGGCUAUAGUGAACAAAGUGUGCGGAGGUUCGGCAUAAGCAGCCGCCUAGAACACAGAUCCGGGAUGGCAAUUUCCAGUUCCCCCGCUGGAAGGUGUGGCAUAUUGGAUUCAAAGCACUGGCGUGGCAGAUUUUCAACUUGCAACCUGGCUAAUUUCCUGCUUCUUCUGGCACCAAAAGGAGGGCGAUUCGUCUCCUGUGCAGCCAAAGCGACAGCUGUCAAAGUCGCAGGGGCUCCUGCGAGCCAGAACCUAAAAGUCCAACACCGUCAUUGCUUGCAAUCGGGCUUCCUAUGAGUACGGAGCCUCCUGUUUCUAUUCAGACAAGGAAAUUAGUAGCGCCUCUCCCUCCGGCAGUGGCAAGCAGAGGGGACAAGGGGACUAUCUGCACUUUUCUCCCGAGCAACAAUACAAAUCCAACGGCGUGCAAAGCAAAAUCGUGAAUGACGAAGGCACCGACCGGAAGUACACGAGCCCUGUUUACCCCUGGAUGCAGCGGAUGAACUCCUGUGCCGGUACAGUAUAUGGAGCUCAUGGGAGACGAGGGAGGCAGACUUACACCCGCUACCAAACGCUAGAGUUAGAGAAGGAGUUCCAUUUUAACAGAUACUUAACCCGAAGACGACGCAUUGAGAUUGCGAACGCUCUCUGCCUUACCGAGCGCCAGAUUAAAAUAUGGUUUCAAAACAGGCGGAUGAAAUGGAAAAAGGAAAACAAAUUCAUAAAUUCCACCCAGCCCGGCAGCGACGAAACAGAGGAAAAGUCAGGGGAGUAGAACCGUGUUUAAUAAACGCUACCAGGCCCGUCCUUA